UGGCAUUAAGACUCUUUAUCAAAUAAUAGUGAUAAUAAAUCUCACAUACAAAUAUUUAUGAUUGACUGCAUUGCAUUGGAAAAGUUGAUUUGCAUAGUCGGUAAAUUAAGAAAGUAGUUUAAAAGUGAAACAUAAAAGUAUGGCUUAGUUGUAAUUGUUUAAACCGAUAUUUAUAUAUGUGUUGUGAGCCUAUUUCUACGUUGUUUAAUAUAUGAGUUUUUAAUACUUGAAAAUGUCAAUACCGCCGGUGGAUUUUAGUGUACCGCCACCAACGUUUCACAUACCUCCGCCGGUAGGGCCUGCUCUGACACCUACCUUGGCUCCAUCUCAACCAAUAUAUAGCCAGCCACCUCCAUAUUUUCCUUCGGGCCAUCCCACUGACAUACCACCUCCAAAUUUUUUAAAUGUAUCGCCAGCUCCCCCAGUUAAUAUCAGUCCAAAUGUGUCAAUGUAUCCUCUGCCGUCUAUUGAUGCACCACCAUAUUCAUCUAUGCCUUUGGGUUCUACUUAUCCUCAGUAUUAUAAUAUGCAAUAUUAUGGUAGCUCUGCUUCUCCAGUUAAUACUCAAACUCUUCAAACAACAACAACUGGUUUAUCUCAAAGUAAUUUCUACAAUAAAGACACAAAAAGUCUUGAAUCUGAGCGUCGUAGCAGAAGCUAUUGUAGCUCUUCAAGGGAAUAUUCAUCAUCCAGAUCUAGAUAUUCUCCAUACCGGGAAAGAAGUUACGACAGAAGUAGCAAAUAUGAUAGAGGAAGAUCAAGAUAUCGACAAUCAAGUCGCAGUCCAAGUUCAAGUCAUCGUAGCAAAAGUCCUUCAAAAUAUAAGCAGAGAGAGAAAGAAGAUUAUUAUAACAGAGAUAAAUGUAAUGAGAGAAGACGUGAAUUUGAGAGUCAUAGUAAAAGUUCCUCCAGUUACAGAGAUUACAGAAGUCAUAGUCGCAGCUUUGACAGUCAUGAUGAAAGAAGACACUAUAAAACCAUAGACAAAUAUAGACCUCCUUCUCAUUUUAGGGAGUCACAAUCACAUAGUAGUGUGAGAGAACUGUCAUCUAGGAACUCUAGAGAUCCAUCGGUGCCAAAACCUUUAACUGAUCGUGAAAAAAUUUUAAUAGAUUAUCAAAAGAACUAUUGCCGAACUUCAGAAGAUUUUGUAAAGAAAAUGGAAGAAUGGUCAAAGGAGCAUAAUUCCGAUGAUGAAGAAAAUUCGAAAAUGUGGUACAGAAGCUCACCUGCUGAGCUUUACUAUAAACCUUCAGACAGCGGCGUAGGUGUUCAGCAGACUAAUAGAUUAAAAAAAAUCUGUGAAAAGUUUUUCAAAACUCUUAUAGAAAGAGGUAGAAAUGCGAGACCAGCGGAGGACGAACUGCCCCCUUUGAAACCACCAAGAGUGAAAAUGUGCAAGCAUAGAUUGGAAGAUAAAAAUUCAUCAUCAGAGAGUGAUGAGAGUGUGGAUGAUGACGGUUUACAGGGAUACACAGACAGAAUCAUGUUGGAGUUACAAAGGAAGCAAAGCCAUCCAAGGAGACUUCACCCUGAACUAUGGUUCAACAACACGGGCGAGAUGAACGGCGGCCCGCUGUGCCGCUGCAGCGCGCGCGCGCGGCGUCUGGGCAUCCGCCACGGCGUGUACGCCGGCGAGCGCUCCUUCCCCGCGUGCGUGCCCACCGAGAGCAACAUCGGCAAGCUGUACCACUACUGCAUAACGGUGUCACCCCCGACAAAUUUUCUUAUAAAAGCGCCGACAAUCAUAGGACACGACGAACACGAAUUCUUAUUCUCUGGGUUUUCAAUGUUUUCACACUACAAACUAGCGAAACUGCCGAAAUGCAAAGUCAUAAGAUUCAAUAUUGAGUACACGAUAUUAUACGUCGAGGAACCAGCGCCACAAAACUUCACUGUGGAGGAAUUGAAUCUAUUUGAGGAGUACUUAUUCACGGAGUUAUUAGAACUCGUAGAUUUAGAUUUGGGCAAAGGUACCGAAGGUAGCUGCUCGCAGUUCCACUUUAUGCCGCGAUUCAUUCGAUAUCUUCCUGAAGGUGGAUGUGAGGUCCUGUCAAUGUGUGAGGUUCUGAAAUUUCUGAUCAAUGAAAGCGGCUUACUCGUCCCACCGGAGAUGUUGGCAGAAUACCAUGACAUCGAUCAUUAUAGUUGGCAAAAGUUUGUCGACAGGAUUAAAGGUAUGAUUGUUACGUAUCCCGGUAAGAAACCGUGUUCAGUCCGCGUCGAUCAACUGGACCGAAGUCCGACUAUCAAUAUCGGAGAAAUGAAGGAUCCUUCGGAAAUAAAAAACUAUUAUCCGGAAAUAGUGCAUUUCGGUAUAAGGCCACCCCAAUUGAGUUAUGCUGGCAACCCUGAAUAUCAAAAAGCGUGGCGUUAUUAUGUAAAAUAUCGUCAUCUCAUUGCCAACAUGGCGAAGCCGUCGUCCGUCGAACGGCAAAAAUUAGCGGCCAAAGAAGCGAGAUUGCAAGAAAUGAGAACACAGAGUAAAAUGAAAAGGGAUGUCACAGUUGCCAUAUCUUCGGAAGGUUUUUAUACGACCGGCCUUAUGUGUGACGUGGUACAGCACGCCAUGUUAAUACCGGUUCUAGUAAGACACCUAAGAUUCCACAAAUCUCUAGAGAGCUUAGAGGAAAAGAUUGGUUAUACGUUCAAACAGAGGGCACUCUUGCAAACGGCACUGACCCACCCUUCGUACAGAGAGAACUUUGGAACUAAUCCCGACCACGCUAGAAAUAGUUUGACUAAUUGUGGUAUACGACAGCCGGAGUAUGGGGACCGAAGGAUACAUUACACAAGGAAGAAAGGUAUCGUGACCCUCAUAAACAUAAUGUCUCGUUUCGGUAAGACCAAUGAGACAGAAUCCGAUAUAAAACACAACGAACGUCUCGAGUUUCUCGGGGACGCAGUGGUCGAGUUCGUAUCCUCGAUACAUUUGUUCCGGAUGUUCCCGGGACUCACGGAGGGUGGCUUGGCGACUUACAGAGCUUCUAUUGUGCAGAACCAACACUUGGCGCAGUUAGCGAAGAACAUAGGGCUGGAGCAGUACAUGCUGUACGCGCACGGGUCGGACCUGUGCCGCGAGGUGGUGAUGCGCCACGCGAUGGCGAACUGCUUCGAGGCGCUCAUGGGGGCGCUCUUCCUCGACGCCGGCCUGGAGGUCACGGACAAAGUGUUCGGGUUAUCUCUCUGGUACUUCGAGCCUGAUCUACUGGAAGCUUGGUCAAAGGAGCGACCGCAUCCGUUGCAAGACCAAGAGCCGUUGGGCGACAGGAAAUAUAUUAAAAACUUUGAAUUCCUACAGAAGUUGACUGAAUUCGAAGAAAGUAUAGGUGUUCAAUUUAAACACAUACGUCUGUUAGCACGUGCGUUUACUGACCGCUCCGUUGGAUUUACACAUCUGACCCUAGGAUCAAACCAGCGCUUGGAAUUCCUAGGUGACACAGUUUUGCAACUAGUCGUGUCCGAUAGACUGUACAGACACUUCCCGGACCACCACGAAGGGCAUUUAUCUCUCCUUCGUUCAUCUCUAGUCAAUAAUCGCACUCAAGCUAUGGUGUGUGAUGAUCUCAAUAUGUCGGAAUACGCCAUAUACAACAAUCCCAAAGCUAAACCAACCACAAAGAAACACAAGGCUGAUUUGCUGGAAGCGUUUCUGGGCGCUUUGUAUAUUGAUAAGAAUUUAGAAUACUGUCAGGCGUUCUGCAACGCGUGUCUGUUCCCACGUCUGCAAGAAUUCAUUAUGAACCAGAACUGGAACGAUCCGAAGUCGAAACUGCAGCAGUGUUGCCUCACUCUGCGUUCCAUGGAAGGAGGAGAACCUGACAUACCGGUUUACAAAGUGAUCGAGUGCCUGGGCCCCACCAACACGCGCGUGUACACGGUGGGCGUGUACUUCCGCGGCGACCGGCUGGCGGCGGCGCGCGGCCACUCCAUCCAGGAGGCCGAGAUGAACGCGGCCGAGCACGCGCUCAGCUGCGCGCACGAACUAUUCCCGCAAUUAGAUCAUCAAAAAAGAUUAAUUGCGAAGACUAUGCGGAAGAAGAAAAAUCGUCAGAAGGGCAAUAAGAACGCGAAAACAGAAAAGGAUUCGUCGUUCCAGAGAAAGAUUAACGACGACAACGCGCCCAAAGCGUACAGACUCGGAGCUCAAGAAGAGGAAAGUUCGGAUGAGAGCGUUCGGGAACCUUCGGACACGGAGCAGCAAAAUCCAGAAGAUCGAAAUUCUAACGACGACUCUGGUUUGGACAGCGAUUCAGCAACGGUUCCCGAUAAGUUUGAAAACAUACAGGUUAGCAGCCUCCUGACUGACAUGGAGAAGUUAAAGGAGGAUCUAAUAAAGAGGAACGAAUACGAUAAGUUGAAAGAGAAAUGCCGUAGGCUUGACUCCGAUGAUGACUAGUGGAAAAGUUUAUUUAAUGAGUGUUGUAAUUACAAUAUUUUCAUAUUUUCGUCUAAAAGGCAUAUUAUAUAAGCGUAUCGAUGUAAAGGGUUAUUGGUAAAUCCAUUAACGUAGAUUAUAAGCAAAACAAGUUACAACGUAAGCCUAAAUGUUUAAUCAAUAUUCAAUAUAUGUAUUUUUCUCUAGCAACAAUCCGUCGCUAUUUAUAGUAAGUAUAAAAGUUAUACUGAGCUUGAUACUUAAAAAAGACAGACUUUACAUUUUGACGAGUGACGAAAAAAAAGAAAUUAAAUAAAUGUCUAUGAAAU